CAGAUGCCAGAAGAUCUGAGCUUGUGCCUCGCUGAAGAAAACAUGAGCGCAACCUCCCUUUUGAACGCUAGCAACGUCUCCCAGGCGGACGACUCCCUCGAGGACAGCGGCAACGGGACGGCUGUGACCCAGUUCACCCAGCCCGGCUGGCAAAUCGCGCUGUGGGCCAUCACCUACUCUCUCAUCGUGGUCGUGUCGAUUGUCGGCAACGUCACCAUCAUCUGGAUUAUCUUCGCGCACCGGAGAAUGAGGACUGCCACCAAUUUCUUCAUCGUGAAUUUGGCCCUUUCGGAUCUGCUGAUGUCUGCUUUCAACACCAUCUUCAAUUUUAUCUAUGCCAGCCACAACGUCUGGUAUUUCGGCGAGGAAUUCUGCAGGUUUCAGAACUGGUUCCCCAUUACCGCAAUGUUUGUGAGUAUUUACUCCAUGACAGCGAUUGCUGCAGAGAGGUACGUGGCUAUAAUUCACCCCUUCAAGCCCAGGCUCUCUGCGGGAAGCACCAGAGUCAUCAUCGGCAUCAUCUGGCUGGUGGCGUUUGGGCUCGCCUUUCCGCAGUGCUUCUAUGCCAAGAUCAUGAUAGACAACGGGACCACCAAGUGCAUCGUCGUCUGGCCGGAUGACGUCGGGUGGAAGCACCAGCUCACGUACCACAUUGCAGUGAUCAUGUUGAUUUAUUUACUGCCUUUAAUGGUGAUGUUUGUUGCAUACAGCGUUAUAGGAGUUACUCUGUGGAGCAGCGCAGUUCCAGGCAACCACAUUAAUCGAGUCCGCUAUGAGCAUCAAGUUCAUGCCAAAAAAAAGUUUGUGAAGACGAUGGUGGUAGUCGUGAUCAUUUUUGCUAUCUGCUGGCUGCCUUACCACAUAUACUUCAUCCUGGGGAACUUCAAGGAAGACAUCUAUCAGCAGAAGUACAUUCAGCAGGUUUACCUGGCCAUCUUUCUGCUGGCCAUGAGUUCAACGAUGUACAAUCCCAUCAUAUACUGCUGUCUCAACGAAAGGUUUCGUUCUGGCUUCAAAUUAGCCUUCUGGUGGUGUCCGUGCAUAAAAGCAACGAAGAAAGACAAACUUAAACUUACGUCCCCAUCCUAUUACCAGACGACCCACAGAAAGUUGAAAACAUCGAGUUUCAACACGGAAACGCAAUUCAAUGAGAAGACGUCAUUUACCCUUGCUCGGCUAACGCUCUGAUUUUCUUCUCAAGGUUUGGGCUCUAAGCACAUUUUUAGAAGACUGAGGCAGGGUUUUUUUUAAGCAGCUCUCUUCUACAGGACUUUUGUGCAAACGCCAGCAGCAUUGGAAGUAGUAUAACGUAGUUCCAAACAUCACCAGCUAUGGCUGCAAGCUGAGCCCUUCCUGACACUCAGGAUCACAGGACGGAACAGAGAUUUUGCCCUUAAAGUCAAAACAGCAGCGAUGCAAACCCCAGGCAGUGUCCACUGGUAGCAUUUAAAUUACUCUCAUCCAGGUGGUGAUCUCGUGUUCUCUGUUCCACUGAGAUGCUAAAAUCUGGCAAAAUAGCGAUGCAUCAGCAGUGCUGGGGCACAUCCGGACCCCGGGCCGGUUCGGGCAGCCGACUCCACACAGCUCGGCAGCCCUGGGGCAGGCGAGACGCGAGCGGGACCACCGGCCUGUGCUUACCACAACGGCAAAUGCUGAAGCGCCCGGGAGUCUUGAGGCCAGGCUGGAAAGCCUGCCCUGAAACUUGCCUCAGUUCUGGGAUUUUCAGGCCUGCAGUCUUCACCAGCACCAUCUCUCAUUCACAAAAAGUGAGAAGCCGUUCUUUGAAGAAUCACAAUCACAUGGAUUUCCAUGACCUUGGACUAAAAUAUGACAUCAUUUUCCUCUUAAACCGCAUUCAAGUGGUUCCUCCAACUUUCAAUACGCUAUUUGCAGCGGUAGCAGCUUGGCUCACCCUCCCCUGGCUAGAGACCGUCUCCAGCGCAAGGCAAGGGGAGCAUGGAGAGCAACCCAGUUCCAGCUCCUGCGCCUCCUCCUCUUGGUCCCAACCACAGCCCAACCCACAGCUGUCUUGUCCCAGACAGGCUCUUCCUUCUCCCUGCCCAGACUUACCCAUCUUCCUCUGCACCAUUCUUCUCUGCUCACAUAAGGAAUAAAGGCUGACAAGUGCCAUGUUCAAAGCCUGAGACAUUACGUGCAGACAUGCAAAACAGAAGAAGCUGAAAUAUAAACAUUAUAUAUAAUGUAAUACAGUUUUUAAUAGUGGUGUGAGAAGUAGCACCCUCCAAUCACCCUCACCUUUCAUGAUAGGCUUGCGUAACAUGACAGAGCCAUAGCUGGCAUAGCGAGAGCUCCUCUGAUCUUCACAACACUCAGUUAUUGGAAAUAUCCCCCUUUACUCUAUUACAAAUUGUUGCCAGAUUUGACUUCUGCAGUAAAUUCAGGGCAAAGAUUUGUGACUUGAACUAAAAGAGAGCUCGGGGAUAUGAUUUUCCCAAGUCUGCUUAAACACAGGAAUCAGCAGAGACUUAUUCUCGCUCCACUUAACAGUAUUCUCCACCUCCCUGGUAGCCCCGGAGAACAACCAUGUCCUACUCUUAGGGACCCAACAAAUUUGUCUCACUAAUGGGAAACAGAGAGCACAGGGCUGUACGCCCAUAAUUUUGAGUUGUUCCAGCAGGCAGCGUCUAGCCCCAAUGUGGUCUGGCCACCCUCUUACCCAGGCAGCCGGCUCCUCCCGGGGCAGCCCCGCUGGUGCCCAUGCGCAGGGCACAGGGGAAGCAAUUGGGAACGGGCAUUUAAAGACAGCCACCACCAAGCCUUUCUUUUAAAGGGACUCAAAGCAACCCGAGAGAGGGUCUCAGCAAGACGCACAUCACUGGGAUCAGUCUGGAGGUCGCAAAGAUGCCUGGUCCCCAGGAAUUGGGGAACCCCUGCGCACUGAGUUCAACACGGCGUACAUGCAAGCGGCACCUUUCCCAUCACCAGCUGCUGCAAGCGUAAAGCACCGAAACCCUCCUCCCCGGGAUACGACAGCAACCGUGUAACACAGAUCGUUUCAGAUGAUCUCCCAUCGGCAUCUCCCAUCUGCCCCUCCAUCUUAACAGCCAGCCAAGUCCUGCCUUAGAUGCCCAAGUCUCCUACUCACUCAGCAGCGCUGCAGGACCCAAGAAACACGAAGCAGUACAGGCGCAGGGGAGGAAGAGCCAGCCCUCGUCACCGGACAGGCUAGCGUCGCUUGGGUACCAGCACCGUCAUCCUCGUGGAGCCGUGCAGGUGCCGGCGUUCUCCAGCGGGUCACAGCGCUGGCGCCUUUCCCCACCAGCUUGUUUCCAGGUUGGGUGCAGAAAGCAGAGGACGAUUUCUUCAGUUUGCGAGCACAGGCAAGCCUUCUGCGAAGGACUCGAGUCGCAGAUCCCGAGCAGGCUCUCCGCUAGAAACAGCAACGGUUAAAGCAAGCAGAGAUGCUCUGAGCCCUUGUUAGAUACUGCAGCAAGAGAAGGCACACCAAGGCAGACUGCGUUAUUUCUUGUGAUACACAAAAUAUAUUGCAAGAACACCAUGUUCCAUCAGAAAUGAAUACAGUUCUUAAUAUAAAUAUGGACAGGAUUAAAUACCACGCUGCAGUUGAAAGCCUCCAGGCCUGUGAUAAAUCUCUCCUCCGCACAGCUACUUGUGCUCUAAGCACCAGUGGAGUCCCUGGAGUCACAAAGGAAAAACAUUUGAAGGCUCUCAUUGCUGUGGCAAAGGAACAAACAAAAAGCACAGAACGGGGUUCAGAAGUUCAGAAACACUUUAUUUUUGCCUUCUGAUUCUUUUAAGGAAAAAAGAAAAGAAAAAAACAAAGUCUGCUUGUUUUAAAACCCAUUCAAAAGGCUUCUGGGAGAACCCCCAGAGGAGCAAGGAGCAGAUGACAUUACAACAGUAGUAUGCAAAUGAUCUUUUCCCCAGGAAAGAUAAGAUUUUCGUGUUCAUGUUAAAGUAAUUUCAGUAGCUUAACAAUUAAGAGGACUGCGAUUUUAUUCAGCAAGCCUUAAAGCUUUCAGUGAGACAUCUCAGUUGUUGCUUGGAUUACAUCGGAGACUUUCUUCAGACAGUUACGGCUUGUGGUUCACUUGUAACAGUUUCCUAGGGGUAAAAGUUAGCUUGAAAAUGGAAAGCCCACCAGGGUCCCCGUAGAAAAGGGCUGCUGUUUCUUAUCGAGUACAUCCCCUGUGGUCCAGGGUAGGAAAAGUCACGCUGUUACACACAAAAAGUGACUCCCUGCUCGUUGUUACGAGCUGGAUCCAGUAAACAAAUCCACCUAUGCCAGCAUCCCCCAUAUUCGCAGUCGCACGGGGACCAAGCUUAAUUUUCACUUCUCGCUCGCCCUCUGUGCUGCGCCCACCCAGGCUCUGCGGCGCCAAGGGCCCCGGAUGCAGAAGCACUGCAAGCCCGGGUCCCGAGGGACGGCUCGCCCCACCUCCGCAAGGACUGCUGAGGGCAGGCGCGGGAUUUGCAAAAUCCUCAGCCAUUAAAACACAACCCCCAUCUCCAAAAACUUU